GCGGUAAUCUUUUAACGAAGAUCACUGUACUGAUUCGAAAACAACUUUUAUAUUUAUCGGACUUAUUUUAUAGUGUAAAAACAAUUUGUUAUCUCUUAGUUGUGGAAAUGAUUGGUUCAAGUACAGGUAACAUUGGUACUGAUUGUGAAGAUAUGCCAAGAAGUUCAAAAUCUAGGCCGAUAUCGUCUAGGCCUAGGCUAGGAGGACCAAGAAGAAUGAAUGAAAGAGACCAGGCGCCAAACGGCCAUCAGUUUUACCACCCAUCAGAUUCAAGUAAGCCUAGGCAUAGUAGACCUAGGCCUAGACAACCAACCCAGCGAAGGGUUGACAACAUAUCUUCAAGAGGUCGGAGAACUGAACAUGGAAGUGGCAAGAAAGAUCGUGAUAGGAGUCCAAGAAGACAUCUGAACAGAACUACAUCACUUCAUAGCAAAUCUGAAGAAUUGACGAAUGGUUAUUCAAAGGAAAAUCAAGAAAUGCAGAGGAGAGAAAACAAAAUAACUGAAAGGGACUCAGAUGGGCUGGAGAAAAACGUCCAUGACUACACGCCAGAGCGCAGAAGGGUCACCAGUCGCACCAUGAGUGAAAGCAGUUCAUGCAGUGACUGGGGUAGUAUGGUAGAUGAGUUUGAGUACCAGCGAACACGUGUACUUCAAGAUAUGGCCCGGUACAAACGGAAACUGCUACUGUCAGAAGAAAACAGAUUCACUUCUGCUGAAGUAGACAAAAUUGAACCAAAAAGGGAGCCUAGAACCGUUUUGGAGGUGGACGAAGUUGUACUGAUUCGACGUCAAAAACAAAUAGACUAUGGAAAAAAUACAGAAGGUUAUCAAAAUUACAUAAAGGCAGUACCAAAGAACAAACGUAUCAAGAACAAGCAUGUUGUCACGCCUAACAAGUUUAAGCUUUACAGUCGUCGAUCUUGGGACACGCAGCUGCGACAAUGGAAGUUAGCCCUGCAUGAAUGGAGCAGUGAGGGAAGAAAAUGUUGGAAUGAAAAGAGGAAAACAAGCACGAAAUCUCUACGCUUCAAUGACUUCAACAGUGAUGAAACUCAAGAUAUGGAAGUGGAGUGCUCAUCGUUGGACACCUCAUUAACUUCCGGGUACAGUGAUGAAAUCUCGACAUCCGUCCGUAGUUGUACACCGAUAGACUCAAAUUGUGAAGAUGACGACAUAUCCGAUGAACAGUGUGUGAAUGUCAAUGAUUUACAACCAAGACCUCUCCACCCAUCAGAAGCUCAGUAUACUACUACGACUCCAGCUGCAACACCAAUCAUCUCUGAUGCAGUAGCGCCCUCUAUCUCUCCACAGACACAUUUUAACCCUGCAGCUCUCAUUGCAGCCCUCCAACAUCACGGAAUGAUUGCACCUUUUGGUCACGAUGCCACCGUAAAUGCAGAGAAUGUGACACCACAUCAGAGCCAUAAUAAUAAUGGAAUUGUAUCCGAACCAAGCCUACAACAUGAUGCCAACGUCUUUGAUGAGUUUAAUCUUGAUGCAUGUUUUCUACACGAUUCUGAGUACACAAUUUAACAGGAAUGGAAAGGUUGACUAAGCCUAAAACUUGAUGCCAAUGUUCAAUGAGUUUAAUUUUAAUGUGUUUUCUACAUGAUUACUAGUACUGUACACAGAUGUUUGUGUUUCCACUUUUAAAGUUUAAAAGUAUUAUAGUGUAGCUAAAUUUUUAUCAUGUAAUUACUACUGAAUUUUAAACUGAAUUUGAUAUUUCACUUAAAUUUUAAAUGUCUCGGAUUUUACUCCAUAAACUUUUUAUUGUCAAUUAUUUUUUAGAAACCUUUCUUCUAUUUUCAGUUUAAAAAGGUGGUAUAAAUUACCACCAUUCACCAAUUGCAACUGUGUGUUCCAAUUUAGGAAAUUCUUGCCUAACCUUAAGAAUAUAGUGUCAAUGAUGUACAGUAUUUCAAAACAAAAUUUUUAAAGUGUUUUAACUCAAAUGACUAUAAGAUAAUCCAACUGUUGAUUCCAAACUUUACAAAAAUGUAAAUAAGUUGUUUUUAUGCUGAUAUUUU